AUGGGCCGUGGCUACCUGAGAGAGAAGGACAUGGAGAACUUCAUCUUCGAGCUCAUCCCGACGCUGCCGCAGCUGAGCUCGCUGCAAGAGGAGUUCUACCCGUUCUACGUUUUUACGGCCGUGAGGAAGUUCUUUUUCUUCUUGGAUCCCAAGCGGACGGGCAAGAUCUGCAUCCAGGAGCUGCUCCUUUCGCCCAUCACGCAGGAGCUCUACGAGCUCCGGCAGGAGGCCCCUCUCGGCGCCCAGGAGGCGGAGUCCAAUUGGUUCAGCGUGCAGUCCGCCCUCAAGGUCUACGGUGCGUACCUCGAGCUGGACACAGAUCAGAACGGGAUGCUGAUCAGGGAGGCCAAACACAGGUCUGUACUCAUGGCACCCAUCCCCUCUGGAGGGCUGGACAAAGCGGAACUCAUGAACUACGGCAGCGGUGCCGCCAUGUUGACGGAUGUUUUCAUACAGCGGGUGUUCGAGGAGUACCACACUUACACGGACUCUGAGACGGGUGAGCGAGAGAUGGACUACAAGACUUUCCUUGAUUUUGUCCUCGCAAUGGACAAUAAGAACACAAAACAGGCAGCGCAAUAUUUCUGGAAGACCAAGAGAUGCGACGUAGCAUCCGUCGACGAUGUUAAAGAUGAGAUAUUUGACAUGGUGAAGGCCAAAGAUACUGGCACCAUCACUCGGCAAGAGCUCCUGAACUGCCGGCAGGGUGGCACUGUGCUCACCAUGUUGAUAGACGCGGCAGCCUUCUGGCGCUACGACCACCGGGAGAGUCUCCUGAUGGAGCCCGCCGAUGACGACGAUGCAAUGUAG